AUGCAAGAGAAGUUAUCUGCACAUGAUUCAGCAAUCAAAGGCAUUGAAACUCAAUUAGGACAGCUAUCUAUGUCCUUGAACAAUCGCCCACAAGGAACAUUGCCUACAGAUACAAACAUUAAUCCAAAGGAGCAGAACCCAAAUCAGCUCAUGGCAGUGAGUCUCGGGAAUGGGAGAGAUUUAGACAGGGAGCAAAAAGUUGCUCAAUCUAGGAGAGAGACCACGCACCCUACUCCAGCUACUCUAGUUACAUUAGAGACAGAUGAGUCAGCAGAGCUCACCGAGGUUGUAAUCGAGCAAGCACAGGUUGACAAGGGUAAGGAGAAGGAAGGUGAACAACUCCCAGAACAGGUGGUAGUAAAAGCGUCCAGCAAAGAAAAGACACAAAGCAGUGGGCAGAGGUUGAUUCCUGCACCAUUCCCUGAGAGCGAGGUAGUGACAAGGUCUAUGGCUCAAAAGGUGUCUGAUCCAGGUAGUUUCACUAUCCCAUGCACCAUUGGGAGUUAUGCUUUUGCUAAAGCAUUGUGUGACUUGGGAGUCAGUAAAAACUUGAUGCCCUUGGCAAUCUAUUCAAAAUUGGGCAUUGGCAGAUCUAGACCGACCUCAAUGUUGCUACAACUGGCUGAUCCCACAGUCAAAAGACCGACAGGAAUUCUUGAUGAUGUGCUUGUUCAAGUGGGGAAAUUUGUAUUCCCUGCAGACUCUGUCAUUCUUGAUUGUCAAGUGGAUGAAGAGAUACCAAUCAUUCUGGGCAGGCCGUUUUUAUCCACUGGGAGAGCACUGAUUGAUUGUGAGACUGGAGAAUUGAAAAUGAGGUUGAACAAUGAAGAGAUAAUAUUCAAUGUUCAACAAUCUAUGAGGAGACCCAGCGAAUUUGCAAAUUGCUCACUAGUGGAGGCCGUAGAUGUAAUACUACAAGAGGAGGAUUAG